AUGUUUCCUUGUCCGCAUGCCCAUGCCGUCGCAACGUUUGUGCAGGAAGCCCGCAGCUUGUUGCGUCCCUUUCGAAGCCAGUUGAUGUGUGAAGACCCAUGCCUUCAAACAGAAGACGAUGCUGCAGAGCCUCAACUAUACACUCAAGAGCCGGAACAUGAUUAUGAGGAAGCCCCAGAUGAAGCACAUCCAAAUCCUUAG